AUGUCUUGCGCCAUUGGCAUUGAUUUGGGAUUUACCCAAUCUCACGUGGCUUGGUUAGAGAACGAUAAACUGGUCAUGAUUCCAAUUUAUCCGGGCCAAUACACCAUGCCCAGUGUGAUUGCAUUCACGGAUUCCAAAUGCUUGUUCGGUGAAGAGGCACUCAUGCAAAUGGAUCUCAACCCAGCAAACACCAUAUAUGGCUUAAAGCGCAUUCUAGGCAGACAACCUUGUAACCAAACGCCUGCGCAGGAUGGACAUCGAGCUUUCCAGUUGAUGGAUAUCGAAGGAACCUCGUUUGUGAAGAUACAAUGCCGAAAUGAGAACAGACUCGUCAGUCCUCAACAAAUCAUUUCUUUGUUUCUUUUAAAAUUGAAGAAUAUUGCCGAGGAGCAUUUAGGCCGCAUGGUAACACAUGUGGUACUAGCUGUGCCAGGACAUUUUACAGAUAUGCAACGUCGGUUAACCAAGGAAGCUGGACUGAUUGCAGGUUUUAAGGAAGUUUCUUUGAUGAACGACGUCACNGCUCUAGCAUAUGGAGUCGAAAAUGUGAAAGACGGUGAGACCAAGCAGGCCCUAAUUUUUGAUUUGGGCGGUGGAAAGUUUUGUGCCUCCGUGGUCGAAUUUGAUCUCAAUAUAGUGGAGGUGAAAUGUAUUUCUGGUAACAGCCAGUUAGGCGGAAACGAAUACACUGAACAGUUAAUGGAAGCGAUCUUAUCUCGUUUUCGGGAUAGUCAUCCUCAGUUACAAUCAGCUACUGUCGAUGUGCAUGCACUUUGGCGUCUUUGGAACGAAUGUGAAAAGAUCAAGCUAAAUUUAAACUGUGCUAAGGAGGUUCGUGCUUAUUUAGAAGAUUUUGCGGAAAACGUAGAUUUGGACAUAGUUAUUGACCAGGAACUAUUUUUGCGCAAUACGGAAAUGUUUUGGAAACGAUUGGUUACAUGUGUGGAAGACGCACUGCAUGGUGCGAAUUGCAAGGCAGAUGAUAUUGACGAAGUUAUCCUAGUUGGUGGAGCAACACAUAUGCCGCGAAUUGUACAAGGUGUUACAACCCUGUUUCCGGGCGCAGUAAUUCACAGACCAAUGAAUGCAACCGAAUUGGUGGUCGCUGGUGCAGCCAUGCAAUCGGCCCGAAUUUAUGAUAUGUGGCCUGUGGGAGAUCUUUCGGACUGGGCAAUUUUAGACUGUGUUCCCCGUUCUGUUGGUCUCUGCUUGUUCGACACCUUGAUGAUCCCGGUAAUUGCUCGCGGUUCGGUAAUUCCCAGUGAGAAUCAUGUAUGUAGAACGACAAUAUGUGACAAUCAGAAGAGUCUGCAAAUCACCUUGUAUGAAGGGGAAGAGCAAAACACCGAAGACAGUGGCCAUCAUCUGCUGGGCCGAGUUGUUAUACCAAUUAUUAACCCGAAACCCCAAGGUUCCGUGAGGGUUGAUUUCAAAUUCACCGUGGAUAGAGAUGGGAUUUUGACAGUGACAGCUAUGCAGCACCUAAAAGAUGGAGUUGUUUCAGUCGCCAUCACCGAUGGAAUAAGCAACGCCGGUGAAACACUGAAUGACCUAAAAUCUGAAUGUGCUAAGCUCGUUUAA